CAUUCCAGCUAAUCAAAUCACUUGGGUGUGAACCACGCAGGCGUCUGAUCCGUAAUUCCCUGAAUCUGGAUUAGAACUCUAUGUAGGUCGGUUCAGAGCUGCUUCUCAACCUUCGUCAUUUUAACUGUUUUCCUACCUUUUCAGUCGAUAGAAAGCAUGAAAGGGAGAUGCAAGAUAAAGGGCCCGAUAGAAGUACGCGAUGAAUCGGCGGACAUCGGCGCUAGCCUCUAUCCCUCUGCUUUUUUGCCAGCCGAGCCAAACGCACCUGUUGCCGCCUUGACCGCCUCGGAUAUGGGCGGUAGAAAUGCAGGUACUAGACGCUCGAUCAAUGUUAGUGAGAAGGUCUACCUUGGAGUACGUGUCAAAAUGCCUGUGAGGGACCUGCUGAGAAAUAUUCGCCUAGCCAAAGGCAGUGACUCUCAAGACUUGAAGGAUGGAUAUAGCAAAACAGCAAAAGGCGAUAAGAAGCGGGUCAAAACUUGCAGAGCUAAGGGAAAACACCUCAGAAAAAGCCUAGAAGAGCUGGCAAUCAUUGUGGAGGUGCUAGAGGAGGAUCUUAGGACCUGUAGUACCUACCACUCCUCUUCACAAACUUUAUUGUCCUCCACCCUUUCAGUGUGCCCUGGGUGGUCUUCAUCAGGUGCGGAGUGCAAUAGUGAAGAGUCUGGUGAAAUAAUCCCUAGCCCUGAAUCCUAUGUGAGCUACUCAACGGGCAAAGCGAAGUGUCAUCAGGUUCCAUCUCCUUCUAGCUUCCUCCACACCAGUAUUCCUCCUUCCAGUUUUUUAGACAUUGGUAGAGGGGAGAACUGGUUUCAUCUUCAGAAACAUCCCUGGAACCAAAAUAGCUCUGCUUUCUUUUGGGCCCAGUUGCAAAAAGAGGAGGAUCAGUUGGGGGACAUCUCUGAUGCAGUACUGCUGGCUGCCGAUGAACACGGUAAAACAGCUCUCCAUAAGGUGUCAUGUUUUGGGAAGAGGGCACUGGGCUACGCCAUAGCUAAAAGGAUGGUUGCACUUAAUGGCCUAGACCUCAAAGAUGCUGAUGGAAUGACUGCCCUCCUCUAUGCUGCAAAACAUAACCACCACCUUAUGGUGGCAGAUCUUAUUCAUCUGGGCGCUAAUGUGAAUGAGACAAAUAACUUGGGAAAGUCCUGUCUUCAUCUCAGUGCUGAGAAAGGCUACUUUCGAGUCCUGGAGGUACUAAAACAUUUAAUGACGCAUGGUCUGUAUGUUGAUGUUGAAGCUGCUGAUAACUCUGGGAUGAGUGUCCUACAGUGUGCUUCUCUGUCUCUGAAGGCCAUAGUACGUGAGCUAGAAAAUAGUAAACACCCAGUUCACACUCCACUCUAUGCACUUCACCAAGAGCAGAUGAUGGAGACCCUGGAAUGUCUGCUGCAGAUGGGCAGCUACCGCCAUACCAUGGGGAGCCAGGGUAUCCAACCUGGAACUGGCUGAUCUUCCUGCACAUUUGCCCGGCAGGGCAUUUUGGGAACCCGACAGUAAUGUUUUGAGUUAAUUUAGGCUUGAAUUUGACAUGGAGAGACACUUGUUUGUAGAGCUGGUUUCUCCAGUGAAUUCAGCCAUUUUAUGUAAAGCAUCUAAUGUUUUGUGUGGUAAAAAUGCCUGACUUGCAACCAGGUAUUUAUUGUAAUCUGCAUAGAAACAUUAGGUGCCACUAAGCUGGUUUUUAUAAAACUUCCUUUGUUUGUUACAUUAAAGUAACAAAUUGUUCUCAGUUUGUCUGUGGAGGUAAAGUCCAUGAGUGUAAAAUGUUAAGUACAGUACGUGGACUGAAAUCCAAUGAGGGUGUGUGUGUGUGUGUGUGUGUGUGUGUGUGUGUGUGUGUGUGUGUGUGUGUGUGUGUGUGUGUGUGUGUGUGUGUGUGUGUGUGUGUGUGUGUGUGAGAAAUAAGGCCUGUGUUUUCUCUAAUUUAAUCCUAUCCAUGUUGAAACAAGACAUUUUGUAACAAUCUUCCUUGAAUUCAAAGGUCAGAGUGCCUAGCAGUUUAAUUUGCAUUUGGUCUCAGGCACAACCCACAUAUCUAUACUGAAUAAAAAAGUAUAUUCAGUAUACAGACAGUGUUACUGUAUCUAACUGAUUGUACAAUAUUCUUUCUUAUUCUCUGUACAAGGUAUUGUUGUAUUGGGAACCGUACAGUAGAAAUGAUACAUCACAAAUGUUUCACGAAUGAUGAUGAUGAUGAUAAAACAUCUGAGCACAAUAAAUGGGGAAUUUUUAGGGUUCUGUAAGUAACUUGACUAGUGUCAAAUGUAUUGGUUUGGAGCUUUGGCUUUUUAUAUAGUGUUUUUUUUUUGUUUGUUUGUUUUUUUAGUAAUCUGGGUUAAAUUUUAUAACUUAGAGGGAUCUUUGUAUUAUUGCUAUAUUUUAAUAUAUCAUAUCAUUAUAUUAUAAUAUCACCAAACUGAUGAUUAAUCACAUUUUUUUGUCCUGUGCAAGAUUCAGACAACCCAUGGUGGAAUUACCCAUUACCUUUUCACUAUGCAUGUGUAUGCAUAGUUUGAUCCUGCUCUUGUUUUAUAACUGUGUUGCUGCUGCAACACAGAAAUGUUCACAUUGUUGGGACUAAUAAAGGAUUAAUCUUAAUUAUGAUUUCAAAUAAAUAUGAUGUUUCAGUUGUAA